GUGCUAGUGAAUCAGAACUGGUGAAGUUGGCAAAGAAAUUGUCAUCAAUUAGAAUCGUUAGAAUCAGUCAUGAAACACCAAACUCUGGUAAAAGACAACGCAAAAAUAAACAGCGUGCUGAUUUUGUGGAUGAAGAAGACAGAUCUUCUGAAGAGGAAACUGCAGAGUCUCCAAGGAAAAAGAGAAAGAACAUUAAGUCAACUAGCAAAAAUAAAGUUAGCACUAAAACACCUAAAGAAAAAGAAACAAAAGAGUCGAAAGAAGCUAAAGAAAAAAAAGAGCAAUUCAAGCCAAAAAACAGGCAUCACAAGACCAGGCAAAGGUGCUACUUGGUGAUCUUAUCGAUGUACGAACAUCAGAACAGAAGAUCCCCACAUAACCAAGAUGACAGGUCCCCUCCCAAACAUAGUGACAGGACCCCUCUCAACCAGUAUGACAAAGCCCAUCCAGACCAACAAGACAGUUCCCUUUCCAACCAACAUAGCAGGUUUCUCCUCAGCCAACACAACAGGUACUCUUCCAACCAACAUGACAGUAGAUCCCCCACCCGCCAACAUGAUAGACCCCCUCCAAACCCAUGUGACAGUAGAUCCCCCACCUACCAACAGGACAGCCCCCCUCCCAAUCAACACAACUGCUACCCUUCCAACCAACAUUACAGUAGAUCACCCACCCACCUAAAUGACAGUCCCCCUCCCAGCCAAUACAACAACUACCCUCACAAUCAGCAUGAUGGAUCCUUUUCCAACCAACAUCACAGAUGCCCUACUAACCAACUGAUUGCAACCAAUGACAGAUCUGUCAACCAACAUGACAAAUCACCACCCCUUGAGGAGUACAGCAGACCACUUUCUGGCCAACAUUACAUUUCCUAUCCUGACCAAUGUUACAAUUACGCUCCUGACCAUCAAUUCAGUUCUCUCAAUGAACACAUCAAUACCAGCCCAUCUUUCCUAACUCUACUUGGAAAUUCUGAUGUGUGUGCUGAAUGCCUUUUAAAAGACAAACAACUGAAAAGCAUGCAAGAAAAGCUUCAAAAAACAGAGAUGGACUAUCAUCAUAUAAAAAUUAAAUACCAAGAAUUGAAGGCUUCAAAAGCUUUAUAUUCAUGUACUAGCAUCUCUCACACUCCUAGACACUAUGUACCAGUGCGUGGUGUACAGAUUCCUGCAGCACCACAUGAAUUUGUAGCCCUAGGGACCGAUCCACCAUUAGGGUUUGAGAGGCUGGGGAGUACCAAUUUAUGUGUACAAAGCUUAUGGCUAUCAACAGUCACAUCUAAAUGCAGAAACGAUUCUCCAUCACUUUUUAUGAAAAAAAUGAUAGAUGGGUUUUUUCUACCAGAGCAGUUGAGUG